GUCACACCUCCGAAGCCAACGAGGAUUACAUACUUUAUUGGUAAGAAACUCUUGCCCGAAUUCUUUUUACCACAAUUUCCCAUUUUCCCGCAAGAUGUUUAUGCACUAACUUGUAAUGUGGCUCAGGUACAACAUCUGAGGACCAUUAUGUCUUCUUUCUCCAUGGAAAGGUCCCUAUCACGUCUACAAUGUCUUAUCUCCAAGUCCAGCAAGAAGCAAGAAAAUGAAGAAAGCCAAGACAUGCAGAAAAAAGCCAAAAAGAAGUACAAAGCUUUAAUCUCAACUCUUCCCAAAGAGAGAGGAAGUUCUGUGCUUGACACUCUCUACCAAUACCAAGGCUUUUGGAUCCCAAUCAACCCAUCUCUAAAAGGUAUGCUUUUCAUGCAAGACCACUUCAAGGCUCAACCUACUGAUAUUUUCUUGGCAUCCCCUCCUAAAUGUGGCACCACAUGGCUUAAAGCUCUCAUUUUCGCCAUCAUAAAUAGAGCUCAGUUUGAUUUAUCCACCCACCCUUUGCUCACAGCUAAUCCACAUGACCUUGUUCCCUUCUUGGAAGGAUACCUGUACGAACAUCAAUCCGUUUCUGGUCUUGAAGCUCUUCCCUCGCCUCGCGUCAUUGCUACUCACAGUCCUUACCCGUUGUUGCCGAACUCCAUGGUCAAUUCUGGCUGCCGCUUUGUUUAUGUUUGUCGUGACCCAAAAGAUGCUGUUGUUUCAAUGUGGCACUUCACAGAAAAAUUAUUGCCAAAACUACUCCCUCGUUAUCCAAUAAAAGAUGUAUUUGAGAAAUUUUGUCGAGGAGUUUCACACUACGGACCUUUUUGGGACCACGUUUUAGGCUACUGGAAAUUAAGCUUAGAAAUGCCGGAGAAAGUACUGUUUCUCAAAUACGAGGAUUUGAAGAAAGAUCCCUUAAAUCAUGUCAAGAGGUUAGCUAAAUUUUUGGGUCAACCCUUUACACAGGCGGAAGAAAGUGAUGGGGCGGUGCAAGAAAUAAUAAAGCUAUGCAGUUUCGAGAGUUUGAGCAAUUUGAAGGUCAACAAAAGUAGUCGAACUCGAUUCCGUUCCAAGAACUCCGACUUUUUCAGGAAAGGUAAAGUUGGUGAUUGGGAGAAUCAUCUUACAGAAGAAAUGGCUGCUGUUUUAGAUCAUAUAAUGAAGGAAAAGCUACGUGAUUCUGGAUUGACAUUGAAAGUGACACCGUAUUUCGCAUGA